AUGGUACGUUCCACCGUCAGCAAGCCACAGCCGUGUAGUGCUCAUGAACAACAGGUGUGGGAGCAGCAGACAUCACAAAGCUCAAGGCCAAUGGCUACUACACUGUUGCUGUGGGGAUUUUCCUUGCUUUUCGUCGAAAUGAAAAAACUUGCUGACACUGCUAAGUCGGUCCACGCUGCUACACGCAAGACGCUUCUCAAGGUCAAAGGCUUCAGCGAAGUGAAGGUCGAGAAGAUCAAAGAGGCUAUCACGAAAUUGCAAAGCAUGAGCAUUAGCGAGCUGCCGCCGGACAUGGGAGGAGCGAGUGGAAAGGUCGCAUAUAUCGACACUGAGGGGACCUUCAGACCCGAGAGAAUAGCACAAAUCGCCGAGCGAUUCGGAAUGGAUCCCGACCAAGCCCAAGAAAACAUUGCCUACGCCCGCGCCCUCAACAGCGAGCACCAACUCGAACUCCUAAACACGCUCUCCUCUUCCUUCGCCGGCAACGAAUACCGCCUCCUUAUAAUCGAUAGCAUCAUGGCCUGUUUCCGCGUCGACUACUGUGGCCGUGGCGAGCUCGCGGAUAGACAGCAGAAGCUGAAUCAGUUCUUAUCAAAGCUGACGCAUAUGGCCGAGGAGUUUAACACCAACCAAGUCCAAUCCGACCCCGGCGCCAACGCUCUCUUUGCUGGUGCCGAUGGCCGCAAACCCAUCGGUGGACAUAUCCUAGCGCAUGCUUCGACGACGAGGGUCUUGCUCCGGAAGGGGAGAGGCGAGGAGAGAGUGGCUAAGAUUCAGGACUCGCCUGAUUGUCCCGAGCGUGAAGCAACCUACGUGAUCACGAACGGCGGCAUCAAUGAUCCAGAGAAGGCAUGA